UUAUUUGUAAAUGCAUUUUAUCAUACUAGUUCCCGGAGUCGAUGUAGGAUAACACGUUUCCUUUCUCUUUCCCAGUUUAUAUGCAGAAAGUGAUUUGAAGCCUCUAACUACAGAUUUUUCCCCAUUAGAAGCUGGCUAAAGUUGACGGCAGUCUGCUAGCGAUCGCUCUCUGUGUUCGAGCUGUUUGAACUUUCUCACAAUUUAUUUUUGAACAGAGGAACGGAGUGUCGCGGGUUCAUUAAUCUCGAGAUCAUCAAAGGCGAGCCCGUUCACGCCAGAUAGCUAGUGUUAGCGAUUUUGAUGCUGAGAUAUAGCCCGUAUUUGACAGCCGUGUCCUUGCACUCGCACUACAGUUUGCAGUUAUGUCUGAAAGUUCCUAUAUAAUUAUGUGAAAGCCUUCAUUGCGACUAUGGCGGCGGAUGAUUAUUAUACGUUUUCUCAGAGUGACCUGCCAGCUUCAAGUUUCGGACUUAUUGAGGAAAUUCGGAGGCAAGGGAAGCUAUGUGACAUCACACUCAAGGUCGACGAUGAAAUCUUCACUGCACAUAGGAUUGUCCUGGCUUCCACGAUUCCCUACUUUUACGCUAUGUUCAUGCACGAUAUGAUGGAAAGCAAGCAAAAGGAGAUCACCAUUCGUGGCAUUGAGGCCUCGGCACUGGAAGCUCUCAUUAAUUUUGCGUAUAGCGGCAAGGUGAAUAUCACAGCCACAAACGUGCAGUCUUUGCUAGUUGGCGCCUCAUUUCUGCAGCUGCUCAAAGUGAGGGAGGCCUGUUCAGAGUUCCUUGUUAAAAGGCUUCAUCCUAACAAUGUGUUGGGCAUACGUUCAUUUGCGGACACACUUGGCUGCCCUGCCCUGGUCGAGGCCACUAAUAAAUUCAUUCAGAAGCACUUUCUGGACGUUUGCCAGUCAGAUGAAUUCCUUGCACUCCCCCUGCAAGAUGCUAUUGAAAUCAUUGGUUGGGAUCAGCUCUACGUCGUGUCUGAGGAGCAGGUGUUUGAAGCAGUGAUGUCAUGGGUGCUAUAUGAUCGGGAAAACCGGGGCUCUCUACUGCCGGAGGUGCUGGCACAUGUUCGAUUGCCGCUGCUGAGCCCCCAGUUUCUGGCAGACCGGGUGGCUGCCGAGCCCUUAGUGCGUGGUUGUCACCGGUGUCGUGACCUACUAGAUGAGGCACGUGACUAUUUACUCAUGCCUGAGCGCCGACCAUUGUUGCAGGGAUUUCGCACUCGACCUCGCUGCUGCCCAGAUGUGGCAGGCCACAUCUAUGCUGUCGGUGGUCUCACUAAAGCAGGUGAUUCUCAGAGUACUGUGGAGGUUUAUGAUCCCAAGCUCGGACACUGGCAGGUUGCUGAAGCAAUGUCAAUGACUAGAAGUCGAGUUGGUGUUGCUGUACUCAGAGGAAAACUAUAUGCCAUUGGUGGCUACAAUGGCUUGGAACGGCUGCGGACUGUUGAAGUGUUUAGCCCUGAAAGCCGCAUUUGGAGCCGGGUGGCAUCAAUGAAUUGCAAGCGCAGUGCUGUGGGUGCAGCUGUGCUUCACGACAAGCUGUAUGUGUGUGGUGGUUAUGAUGGAGUAUCCUCGUUAAACACAGUGGAAUGCUACAACCCUGAAAAAAAUGAGUGGACUAUGGUAACGAGCAUGUCCAAGCAUCGCAGUGCAGCUGGAGUUGUUGCUUUUGACGGCCACAUUUAUGCGCUCGGUGGUCAUGAUGGACUCUCUAUAUUUGGAUCGGUGGAGCGAUACGAUGUGCAGACUGGCCAGUGGAGCCCCAUGCCAUCAAUGUUGACACGUCGGUGUCGCCUUGGAGUGGCAGUGCUGCAAGGGAAGAUCUAUGUCUGUGGUGGCUAUGAUGGGGCCACGUUUCUCCAAACUGCAGAGGCUUUUGACCCUGUGACCCAUCAGUGGCAAUUUGUGGCACCAAUGAACGUCACACGCAGUCGAGUUGCACUUGUUGCUAACUGUGGCCGGCUUUUUGCUGUUGGUGGUUAUGAUGGUGUAUCGAACCUGAGCACAGUUGAAGUCUAUGACCCUGAGGCGGACCAAUGGAUGCCCAUAGCCUCAAUGUGUGCACAUGAGGGUGGCGUCGGAGUUGGAGUACUGCCACCUUUGUAGGAGAGUGCUCAGAAUGCCAGUGUGGCCUGUUAUUUGGGCCUUUCUUUUUCAAACGGGCACUGGUAUUCUAAGCAGUUCCAGGUGCGAUAGAAGAAUGCACACAAGCUUUAGGUUCUACAUUCUCACAAUCCUUCCUUUAUUCCUCUGGCAACUAAAGAAAUUAAUAAUAAUAAGGUAGCAUCACCAGCUACAUAAAGGAUGUGUGCAUUCUUUAGCCUGUAGGUGACAUACUAUCGGCAUCAAAUGAAAGUUGAACAGCGGAGCGCGUGGACUAAGCAUAAGUGAAGAUAUAGUGCGCGCCCUCCAGUCAUCACCAUUGACUGGCGCGCACAUACAGUUCGGCCGCACUGCGCGAUCCCCCUCUAGUGAGAUAAUGUCGCUUCUGUUCUGUAUCUUAUAUUUGAAAAGUAGAAAAUGAAAAAUAAAAAUGAAGCUAGAAUAUUGCAGUUUACGGCGAGUCUUAUCGCACAGAUCGCCGAAACAACAAGCGCUGUCGGCGCGAAGAGCGGUGCGCGUUGUGCAGUUUGCACCGUCAUCGCAAGGUAGAUUCGCCCGCGCGGUUUGCAGCUUGCGCGCCACAUUCGUUCUUUCGAUCGGCAAAUUUGCGCUGCGCGGCAUCGCUGGCAGCCGCGACGGCGGCCGGCAUGCCCAGCGCGUUGUGCCGGAUGUGCGCGCCUGUCAAUGGUGAUGACUGGACGGCGCGCACUAUAUCUUUACUUAUGCUUGGUCCACGCGCUCCGCUGUUCAACUUUCAUUUGACGCCGAUAGUACAUAAAAAUAUAUAUGAUUGAUUGUAAUAUUGUAGUGUAGCCACUGUGUCACUAAGAAGAAAAGAUACAGUAUCCUUAAGUCAGACAUUGCACUAACUUUCUUGGGUUUGUUACCAUCAUCAGGGUAGUCCUCUCUCGUGCAUUUAUGUUAUGUAAAUGUUUUGUGUAGACCUUUUUUUCUUUAUUAAGUGCAUAUUUUUAUACACUGAUAACCAAAAAAUUUUCGACAUAACACAAGAGGAUACAUCACAAAUGCAUAUUCUACAAAGAUGUUCAUGUAAAGUCCAUUGCUGCGCAUGUUACACCUAGCAGUUUACACCUGGCAUGCCUUGCAGAGCUGCAAGCAUGCACGGCAAGAAUGAACAAUUCUUAGUUGCAUAGGAGAAGAUAUUGCAAUGUCUCAAUUAUUAAAAAUAUGCCCCCAUGUUUUCAGCAUUUAUUAUAUCAUUGUAGGUCUCAUGUUCACGAAAAUUUUCACUUGUUUAUGCAUAUUAUAUAAUGUGCAAAAACAUUUUUGUCACAGUGCUCUACUACAUUGGGGGCAAUAAGUCACAUGAUAUACAUGCUGCUAUCACUAGCACCUCACUGUAUCUACUCAGGACUUUGACGUACAUGUGCAACUGCACAAUUGAAUAAGUUGGUUGUGGUGCUUGUUUUAGCUAGUUGCUGUAUACUUUGCAGAACAAGAUAGGCUGCUGUUUGGCUCUUAUUUUGGCAAUUCUAAAUAUUUUCUGGCAGACUUUCUAGAGCUAAGUGAAACUGUAGCAUGUUUGUGACAGGUUUUAAUGGUCCAAGUGGUUCCUUUUCUUGAAUUACAUGGGUCAAAAUGCAAUUACGAUACAGGCAUCUAAAAUGAAGCCCUGGCAUGGCAGUAGUUAUGAUUCCUUUUUUAAAAUUAUUAUUAUGUCAUGAAGCUUGUUGCUGAAGCUGGGAGUAACUAGCACUGCAAGUUAUGCCUGAUCAUCUAUAUAUAAUAGAAAAUAGUGAAAUCAAUUAUUCUGUAAAGAAAAUGAAAAGGAGUGUUGUCUAUGGAAAAGGAGUGCCUGCCUAUGGAGAGCUUUCACCUUUGGUGCAGGUCAUUUCAUAUGCAAUAUAUGCAUGGUGUAAUUCAGCUGAUAAUAGGCUGAUAAGCAGUGUGCAAAAUACAUUGAUGACAUAAAGUGUUCUGGUAUCAUUUCUGCUUAUUAGUAUCUAGAUUUUUCGCAUUGUUGUCAGAUGUUUUCUUUGUAUACAUGCAGCUUUUCACUAAUACGGUGUCCAUCUUUUGUUAAUGCUUCACAACGAUGUGAAGUAUAAACCCCGUGCAAGCGAUCUUGCGCGCGACAGCAACAAGCGACAUGAUGGAGAUGGCUGUCGCGUUCACUUGUCGCCCAGAAGUCAAACUCCAAGCAAGCGACCGCUUCGCGCGACGGCUCUCCAGUGUUGCCGGUAUUAGGGGAUCGAGUUAGCGCCAAACCUGGCAUGGCACUUGCUAUAAUUAUUUAAGUUGAUUUGUUUGGCUGUACAAAGCAACAUGAAGUAUUUCUGAAGGGUCUUGCAGUAGUUUUUUUUUUUCGUUUA